CUCGAGCUUACGAAUUCAACGAACAAGACAAAAUUUCCUCAUCAAUUGUGCUUCCAACUCUAUAAUUCAAAAUGAAGGCUACUCUCUUCCUCGCUGCUGCCGGCCUGGUUGCCGCUCAGGACUUCACUGGCCAGCCCAAGUGCGCUCUCAAGUGUCUUGAGGAGUACGUCCCCAAGGCCGGCUGCGACCUCGAGGAUACCGCCUGCCAGUGCGACCCCGCCUUCCAGGAGAAGCUCACCCCUCAGAUCUCGCCCUGCCUGAUGAAGGAGUGCGAGGCUGCCGACCUCCCCAAGGCUCUCGCCGCCGCCCAGGCUGCCUGUGAGGCUUUCUCCUCGGCCGCUGGCAAGUCUACCGGCACCGUCACUCCCACUGCUACCGUCUCCGCGACCGAGGUUGAGACCGAGACUGAGACUGCCUCUGAUGAGGAGGACAACACUGAGACCGUCACUGCCAGCGUCGACACCUCCAUCACCGGCUCUGUCACCCUCCCUGCCAUCUUCUCUACCACCACCGACGUCCCCGUCACCCCUGGCCCCAACAACAGGACCACCACCAAGGCUACCGGUACUGGUGCUAGCGGAAGUGAUGGCACUGGCUCCGGCUCCGAGACCAGCGAGACCGGCGCCGCUGCCUCUGAGACUGGUAACGCCGCUGCCAUGACCGGCCCUGCCAUGGGCGGUUUCCUCGCCAUCCUGGCUGCCUUUUUCGCUCUGUAAGGUGUGAAAAUUCAUACACAGGUAUAAUCCGGUGAUAGAGCGCCUGGGGAGUAAUCUUAAUGGGGUCUCCAUUGUGAGGCCUGGGCGUUGUUUAAUGUUCUGAAACGAGAGUUAUGCUUCGAGAUAUGACACUUGGGAUGUUUUUUUGGUCGCUUUUUGGAUAUUGGCUUUUGAUGAAAAGGCUAUAUCUAUUUGCAAUAGCGGACAACAAAAAAAGUAAUGAUGGAAAUGGAUUUGCUUGCAAUUUGUCAAGCACGU